GUCCCCGCCCUGCGGCUCCUUUUAAAAACCACAGUCGCAGCCGCCCGCUAGACCAAACGUCCUCCGCCACCCGACGACCUCGCAGAUCCGCAGCCAUGGCCGGCAAGGGCUGGCAAGACCUGAAGCAGCAAGUGGAGGGGACGGCGCAGGAGGCAGUGACUGCUACGGGAGCAGCAGCCCAGCAAGUGGUGGAUCAGGCAGCAGAGGCUGGACAGAAAGCCAUGGACCAGGUGGCUAAAACUACGCAGGAGACCGUGGACAAGACCGCUACCCAAGCCUCGGAGACCUUCUCAGGUUUUGGGAAGAAGUUAGGUCUCCUGAAGUGACGAAAGGGAGCCCCGAGUAACCCUCCCGCCCGAGCUCUGCUCAGCGGCGGCCCCUCGGCAUGAGGCCUCAUUAAAGCACGUGCCCCGA